AUGGCACCCCGGCUCCUGCUGCGCCUCGUCUUGUGGACGGUUGUGAUUGGCAUUGUGCGGUGUUGUCCGGAGCUCUGCACCUGCCAGGAUAAAUUUUCACACCAGUUUGUGGACUGCGCUUACAAAGGCCUGCAGGAGGUACCUGUGGAACUCCCCUCCAACGCCACCACUGUGAAUCUUUCUGCCAAUAAGAUUAAAGCUCUGAAAAGCAAAAGCUUCAACAACAUCAUUCAGGUCAACUCUCUCUGGCUGGGUCACAAUGAGAUCGUCAUUAUAGAGCCGGGCACCUUGGCCCCUCUGAAUCAGCUUCGCAACCUGGACAUCAGCGGCAACAAAAUAGUCAACUUCCCGUGGGAGGAUCUGCAGAACCUCACAGCCCUACAGUUUCUGAAAAUGAACAAUAAUGAGAUGGUGAAUCUCCCGAAGGAUGCCUUUUCCCCUCUCAAAGACCUGAGGUCACUGCGCAUCAACAACAACAAGUUCGUCACCAUUGUGGAGGGCACCUUCAGUGCCUUGUCCUCCAUGUCCCACGUCUACAUUUUUAGCAACCCUUUCUCUUGCACCUGCAGUCUGGAGUGGCUGAGGGAUUGGAUUUCUACCACCAGGACUUCUGUGCCUGAUCCAAAUCUGAUAACGUGCGAGACCCCUGAACCUCUGAAAGGAGUGCUGGUCACAAACAUCCCCAAACUGGAAUGUGAAGCCCCGACGGUCACAAUAACCUAUCAGCCAAACGUAGAAAACACAGAGCUAUCCGAAGGUGUCUCCGUCAUCUUGAAUUGUGAGGCCAGAGGAAGUCCCAAGCCACAGAUCAGCUGGGAGAUAUCUGCAGGGAAUCAAAACCAUCGGUUCCCCUUGUCCCCCUCUGGAGACGUAAACGAGAUGCCGGUAAACGAUAAGUCAACCAACAACAGAUUCCUCGUCUUUGGCAACGGCACCAUCAUCAUCCCUCACCUGAGUAAAAAGGAGGAUGGAAAUUACAGCUGCUCUGCUGAGAAUGAAUUAGGUAAGGCAGAGACCAGCGUUAGAGUGGCUCUGGCAGCCGUCCAAGAACAAGGAAGCAACUCAAUCUCUGAUUCAACCGUGGACAGAAUCCGUCCAUCCAGUAAAAAGCCCGCAGACCCCAAAGUCCUCAAGAACAACGUGAUCGACUGGGCCAAGCACAAUGAAAAGACAAAGGGCAGCUAUGACGUCUCCAAAGGCAAAAUGGUCGACAAGGAGCUGGCCGAAGGUGUCGCUAAGGACCCCACCUUCGCAAGCAAGUGCGGCGUGAGAGAUAGCAGUGAAUACAUCUCCAACCACGCCUUCAACAUGACUUUGGAAAACUUGAAGCAGUACACCUUCGAUUUUGGCGUCAUUGCGUUAGAGGUUUCGGAGACGGAGGCCAAAGUGAAGCUGAAUCCACUGCAGUUUUCCAGCAGCAAAUCUAACCUCCAUCUCAGUCAUUCUGAGGAUCAGGAGACGGUGAACAAAGAGCCUGUGGGGCUACUGCAGUCUGCGUCCAGUAAGGUACCUCUGGACAGGCUUUAUUUAUGCAUAGAUAAAGGAAACGGACACUCCAUCGUUCAGUGGUCUGAUAUAGAUGAGGGGGUUAACACCUACCACUUCCAUGGUUUACAACCUGGCACCAAUUACACUCUUUGUCUCACCUAUGGGGGGCAGGACUGCCAUGUCCAAGCCGUCUUCACAACCAGGAAAAAGAUCCCCUCCCUGCUUAUCAUUGUGGUGGUCAGCAUUUUCCUACUGGGUUUAGCCACGGUGCCCUUGCUGGGAGCAACCUGCUGCCAUUUACUGUACAAAUACCAAGGAAAGACCUACAAGCUGAUAAUGAAGGCUCAGAACCCGGAUCAGAUAGAGAAACAAACCAGAGAUUUUGAUCCCAGGGCGUCCUUCGCAGUUUCCGAGAAAACCUUCAACCCCAGCGAGUUAGGUGAGGAGGAGGGAGAGGGGGAGGCGGAAGACGGAGAUGGGGAAGUGGAGGGGAGCGUGGUCACAGAGUCCAUCCCGGGAUCCUCGACCAAAACCAAUCAGGAGGAGUUUGAGAUGGGAUCCGAGUACAGUGACAGGUUACCGCUCGGAGCCGAGGCCGUCAACAUCUCGGAGGAGAUAAACGGCAACUACAAGCAGCCGGGCCGCUGA